AUAGCGCCCUCGCGACGAAUGUAAAUAAACCAACACAUCGUGUUUAUAUGCUAAAAUAAACUUGAAAAUGUUGCACCCAAUACUUUCAGAAUUAUCACUAACAAGAAUUGUUUUAGCUAGUGGCUCACCAAGACGAAGAGAAAUACUAAAUUCUACGGGAUUAACCUUUGACGUUAUUCCUUCCAAGUUUGAUGAAAAUCUAGAUAAAAGUCAAUUUGAAUCGCCUGUCGAUUACGUGAAAGAAACAGCUAGAAGAAAAACUGAUGAAGUUCGAGAAAGGCUCUCAAUAUCAGGCAAAGCAUCAUCUCUUAUCAUUGGGGCUGACACAGUUGUGGCUUUAGAUGGAAAAAUAAUGGAAAAACCAACAAGCAAAUCAGAUGCAACUUCCAUGUUGACAAACCUUAGUGGAAAGACGCACAGCGUCUAUACUGGAGUAGUGCUAAGCAAAGUUUUACAAAAUGGAACCUUGAAACAAGUGAUCUUUCAUGAGAAAACGGACGUGAAAUUUGGCAACCUGCCAACUGAAGUAAUCAAGAGUUAUGUUGACACAGGUGAACCAAUGGAUAAGGCAGGUGGUUAUGGUAUCCAGGCAAUAGGAGGGACAUUGGUGGAAGGUAUCUGUGGUGACUAUUACAAUGUUGUUGGAUUUCCACUGCAUCACUUCUGUGUUGAAAUGCUUAAGUUGUAUGACAAUAAAGGAGGAACACAAAACUAAUUUUCACAUAUAUCAUUGUUGAAAUGAUGCUGCUACACGAAAGGUGUGGGGACUGUUGUCGCCUGGAAUAUGGCCUAAAUGCUGUGAUAAGCAUGGCCUUGCUCUACAGAUCUUGAAUCAUUGCCGAAAUGUAGAUGGUCGAAUAAACACAAACUUGGUUCAUAUGAUGGUACCAAAUGAACUGAGGCAAAGCUGUCCGGUAAAGAUGAACUUGCUAAACUUGUUCAUAUGCUGAAACUAGAGGUCUGAUGCGUGGCCCGAUGCAGGUGCGGAUCCAGUAGGGGAAAAGGGGGUACGUGCCCUCCAUUUUGCCAAUAAUUUUUUUAAUUUCAAUGCAUAUAAGUGUUAAGUAUUGAAAUAAGUGCCACUCACUAAAUUCUUGAAAAUGCUGUGCCCCCACCCCUGGCCUGAUGCAAGGCAUAAGCUGGCUGUGGUUAAUGUAAACUUGCUGUACUGGUUUAUAUGUUGAAACCUGAGGUCUGAGACAUGGCCUAAAUGCUGGCAUUAGCUGGAUGUGAUGAUGUGGUAGAGUAGGUUCACAGUGCAAGAUGGUCUGAAAUAGGCCUAAGUGUUUUCCAGUGUAAACUGGCUGAAUCCAUCUGUGGAAGAGUGCCAUCUGUGGUAUUGAAACUACAGUGUAUCUUUUAAUCUGAAAUUCCAAUCCAGAUUUUGAUUAAGAUAUAUUUAAAAAAAACACUGAUAAUGAGCAUUUACUGUAUGCAUUAAAUUCUGUCUGCUUCACACUUGUACAAUCAUAUGUGUCAAUAAAAAUAAGAGGAAAAACAAAACCAAAAUCUAUUUUAGUUAGUUAUACAAGAUGACCAAAACAACUGUAUGCAUUAAACUCUGUCCACGUUGCACUUGUACAAUCAUAUGUGUCAAUAAAAAUAAGAGGAAAAACAAAACCAAAAUCUAUUUUAGUUAGUUAUACAAGAUGACCAAAACAACUGUAUGCAUUAAACUCUGUCCACGUCGCACUUGUACAAUUAUAUGUACAUAUGUAUGUAUUCUUGGGUAAUAUUAGGAACCAUGUUAGAUCAAAAGUUAUGUCUAAAGAUAAUAAUUACAGUAUUAACUUUAGCACCAAAUCUUGAUAGCUUCAAAUGAAAAAUUCAUGACGAGCGUGAUACAAUAAAAAAAAAUUUUAAAAAUAAAUGGAAUUGAAAAUACAAGACGAACCCCAAAAACCACUCGGCUUGGCAGACACCCAAGAUCUGAGAUUUAUCAAAGAAAUACAGUUGAACUUGCCUAAGUUGAAUCCAAAAUGGCACUGAAAAAUGGUUUGAUUUGGAUAAAAUUCGAUUUACAGAUCAUUAAUUAAUGGAAAACACAAAAUUUGGCGUGUAAAAGAUCAACUUAGAAAGUCGACUUUAGCAAAAUUAACUUUAUGACAUAGUUGGUGAAAGUAAGACCUUGAUGUUGGAACUGCUGAUUCAAGCAUUUCCAGACAAGUAGAUUUCCACUAAACACUUUACAGUACAGUAUAAAGAAAAAAUUAAUUAACUCACAGCAGAACACGUGUGACAAAUGAUACUAAAGAAUAGAAAAAUAAUGAAGACAUCAACAUAUAAUAUUUUACCCUCAUUUAUUUACAUGAUGUAAAACAAUCUAAGAAAAAUGUUGAAUUCGCAAUAAAAAACAAGAAACAGCUCAGAUAAUUGUUGUUGCCUAAAUCACAAGCAUAUAAUGCCCAACCAUAAUUCUAAAGAAAACACAAAUAGGUUUUUACAUAGGGUAAUGCAGUAAUAUUGUACAGAGAUUAGGUACAGAAAAAGAGUUAAUAGCAGGAGAGCCCAACAGAGGGCACCCUAUCAAAACGUUUUAAUUUUAACCAAAAUGCUAGGCAAGGGCAAUAUAAACAAUUUUAUCACCACACCAGUACUGUAUCUGUUAAGAAUACUUGUAAAAAUAUAUCUUAACGUUUGUUUACUGUUGAUAGGGAAAAUGAUUUCUAAGAUACGCUUUGUCUUACACACACAAGAGAAGUUAAGAAGCUGUUAAGCACCUUAAUGUCGGAUACCAUAAAAAAAAA